AUGGUAGGAGCUUCGAGAACAAUCCUUUCCCUCUCUUUUUCUUCUUCCCGCUUCACCUUCUCCAGAAUCCCUCACGUUAUCCCAUUUCUCCGCUUCCACGAACCUUCCUCUAGAUUCUACCACGCUUUUCGCCCUCUAUGCGCCGCCGCAACUGCUCCGACUGAGACGAAUAUCGCAGAUCCGGACCAGUUGAAGCACACGAUCCUCCUCGAGAGGCUUCGGCUUCGGCAUUUGAAGGAUUCGGCGAAACCACAACAGAGGCCGAGCAGCGUUGGAAUAGAGGUUGAGAACAGUAACAGGAAGAAGAAGAAAUUGGUUGAGAAUUUCGAGGAGCUGGGUCUUAGCGAGGAAGUAAUGGGAGCUUUGCAAGAGUUGAACAUUGAGGUUCCUACGGAGAUUCAGUGUAUCGGAAUACCUGCUGUUAUGGAACGCAAGAGCGUCGUCUUGGGCUCGCACACUGGUUCCGGCAAGACCCUGGCUUACUUGUUGCCUAUUGUUCAGCUGAUGAGAGAAGAUGAGGCAUCUCUUGGUAAAAUAACAAAGCCUAGGCGUCCGAGGACUGUUGUUCUUUGUCCUACAAGAGAACUAUCUGAGCAGGUUUAUCGUGUGGCAAAGUCCGUAAGCCACCACGCGAGGUUCAGAUGUACAUUGAUUAGUGGUGGUUCUCGGAUAAAACCACAGGAGGAUUCUUUGAACAAUGCAAUUGACAUGGUUGUUGGAACCCCUGGUAGGAUUCUACAGCAUAUUGAAGAGGGAAACAUGGUCUAUGGAGAUAUCACAUAUUUGGUGCUGGAUGAGGCAGACACUAUGUUUGAUCGUGGCUUCGGUCCCGACAUUCGUAAAUUCCUUGCCCCACUGAAACAGCGUGCGUUAAAAACAAAUGACCAUGGAUUUCAAACUAUCUUAGUGACUGCUACUAUGACAACGGCUGUUCAGAAGUUAGUCGACGAGGAGUUUCAGGGAAUAGAGCAUUUGCGAACAUCAACAUUGCAUAAAAAGAUAGCAAACGCUCGGCAUGACUUCGUCAAGCUUGCAGGUAGUGAAGAUAAGCUAGAAGCACUUCUACAGGUUCUUGAACCUAGCUUAGCCAAAGGGAGCAAGGUGAUGGUCUUCUGUAACACUCUGAACUCCAGUCGUGCUGUUGAUCACUUUCUUUCUGAACACCAGAUCUCCACUGUGAAUUAUCACGGUGAAGUUCCAGCAGAACAAAGGAUUGAGAACUUGAAAAAGUUCAGGGAAGAAGAAGGAGACUGUCCCACGCUGGUGUGCACGGAUUUGGCUGCGAGGGGUCUGGACCUUGAUGUCGAUCAUGUAAUCAUGUUUGAUUUCCCAAAGAACUCUAUUGACUACCUUCAUCGCACCGGAAGAACAGCUCGCAUGGGCGCUAAGGGGAAAGUGACGAGUCUGCUAAGCAGGAAGGACCAAAUGUUAGCAGGAAGAAUCGAAGAAGCUAUGAGAAACAAUGAGAGCUUGGAAUCGCUUACCAAUGAUAAUGUGAGGAGAGAUGCUGCAAGAACUCAAAUCACCCAAGAGAAAGGAAGGAGCAUUAAGCAGAUCAGAGCAGUGAGCAAGCAACGAAACACCAAAGACAAUGCAACAUCAUCUCGUCCUCCAAAACUAACAUCAGCUCGUCCUGCAAAACCAAUAGGUUCCAAGUAUCCAGUGAGAAAGUCAACUUCGGUUUCAAAACCCGGAAAAACGUCAUCUCCUCCAGGAAAAUCUGAAAAGCCGAAAAGAAAAAUAUUAAAAACCGUUGGAUCCAGAUCGAUUGCUGCAAAGGGGAAGAAGKGUUCAGAGAGAAGAACAGGAAAGAAACUAAGUGUUGUUGGGUUUCGGGGUCGGUCUUCUUCGUCAAGAGCCUCUUGA